UAAAAAACACAAGCAGAAGAAGAAGGGUUCCAUUUCCUGUUUACCAUUUCACAGCUAGCAUCGGUAGGAGCAAAAUCUACCAUCUUUACAAUCAAUGAAAUACUCCUGCAACCAAUUUUUUCUUUAAUCGGGAAGUGGAGACUGCAGGAAAGUUGUUACUUCCAAAUAACAGUUCCUUUUGAAGAUGGAACAAAAGCAUCUCUACGCCAUGCAAGAUAACAGGAUGCUUCUUCGUUCCAGACAAACGUUUUAGCCUUUCCUCUUUUCUUCAGUCUCUUCUUCACUAAUGUUCCCAGCGGAUCCUCAGACGCAUGUCGCGGCUCAGGUCCACAAUCGACAGUGUAACCAAGGCAGUGGGAGGCGCAGACCUCAUCUCCAGGUUCUCCCGCUUCAAGCCUGGCGGCGCUGCAGCUGACGGCGCCCAUGCUGAAAAAGCUCUGCCCAAAGUGGAAACCUUGACUUCUACUGACAGCGGUUCUGGAAGAAUGAAGGAAAAGACGAGUGGCGAAAAUGGAGCAGUGGAGGAAACCGAUAAGCAGAAGGAACAAGUCAGAGAAAAGCCUUUUGUUGCAGCCAAAAAGUCGUCUUCUACUUUAGCUUCUGCCACAGACGCACCUGGAAUUAACUCUUCUACAACCGUGGCAAAGCAAACCAUGCAGCUGUUCCAUCCAGCAGCUCUGUCCACAAACAUGGAUGAGACGUACAAGACUCUGUCCAACCAUAUCAACAGCUACUUUGGCCCAAACACACAAGGAGAAGAUGGAGAGAACAGACAGCAGCAGCAUGUUUCUAAGCCACUUCCUCAGGUCACCACCCAGAGAACAGCAGAUCACAUUCCAGUUUUGUCUCCAGUUUCAGAGAAAAUUGCUCCUGAAAGCCCUCUGUCUUCGCCACUUUCACUAAAACCCAGUCCGUCAGCAGAGAUCCCAUCCUCUGUGAUCCCAGCCACUGAAAACACAGCCCAAUCUGUCCCUGAUACGAGUACCACCCCUAAAAAAGGCUUCACCCACUACCUGUCCUACCCCGGGCCCAGCGUCCAGGCCUUCGUUGGAAGUUACAUUGUUCCCCUGGUUCCAAGGCUUCGAGGUGACCAGAAAAAGCUGGCGGUGGAAAAAGAGAAGUCUUCAACAGACGGUUUGGCUGAACACGUGGUAGACAAAGGAGUGGAGAAGACAGAUGGUGAAGAAGACAAAGCCGAGAAGGCAAAACAGCAGCUUCUAAGUCAAAGAGAAAAGAUAAUCGCCAGAGUGAGCGUAGACAACAGGACCAGAGCUCUGGUAAAGGGUCUGCAGAGGGUGUCUGACGUGGAACUCCUCACCACUCGAGUCGGGGAGCUCAGCUUUCACCUCCUGGAGUUUCCAGAGACCCGAGGAGUGGCAGUUCAGGAGAACUUGCUGCCCUGUCUGCUGCGGCUCCGUCAGGCCAGGGAUCUUCCCCUUCAGGCGGCUGUUAGAGAAGCUCUGGCGCUGGUUGGCUACACAGAUCCAGUCAAAGGCAGAGGAAUUAGGGUGCUAGCCAUAGAUGGAGGAGGCACAAGAGGACUGCUGGCCCUGCAGACUCUUCAUAAACUGGAAGAACUGACUGGAAAACGAAUCCAUCAGCUCUUCGACUACAUCUGCGGAGUCAGUACAGGCGCCAUUUUGGCCUUCAUGCUGGGGAUUUUCCAGAUCCCCUUGGAAGAGUGCGAGGAUAUGUACAGGAAACUGGGUACAGACAUCUUCAAACAGAACGUCAUUGUUGGAACCAUGAAGAUGGGCUGGAGCCAUGCUUUCUACGACAGCGAAAUGUGGGAAGGCAUCCUCAAAGAACGUAUGGGUGAGGGACGUAUGAUUGAGAGUUCGAGGGACCCAUGCUGCCCGAAAGUGGCAGCAGUGAGCACCAUAGUCAACAGAGGGUUGCCACUGAAGGCCUACGUGUUCAGGAACUACAGACUCAUGCCUGGUGUAAGGUCACACUACCUUGGAGACUGCAAACACAAGAUGUGGCAGGCCAUCCGGGCCUCGUCUGCCGCCCCCGGAUACUUUCAGGAAUUUGUUCUGGGAAAAGACCUUCAUCAGGACGGAGGACUUCUCAUCAACAACCCAACCGCUUUGGCCAUUCACGAGUGCAAGUGCCUGUGGCCCAAUACACCCCUGCAGUGCGUGUUGUCUCUGGGAACGGGGCGGUAUGAGACCGUGGGCAAGAACAGCACGAGCUACACCAGCUUGAAGACUAAGCUGGCUCACGUCAUCAGCAGUGCCACAGAUACGGAAGAGGUGCACACUAUGCUGGACGCCCUCCUGCCGCCAGAUACCUACUUCCGUUUCAACCCCUACAUGAGCGAGGACGUGCCAUUAAACGAAAGCCGCCAGGAGAAGCUGAACCUCCUCAAAGGGGAAGGGGAGCGCUACCUCGAGCGCAACGAGGCCAAACUUAAGAAGGCGGCCAGUGUGCUGGGCCAGGAGAAGGGCGCCAUCCAGAGGCUGGCGGAGUGGGGCAAGCUGAAAGCCGACAUGUACGAGGGAAUUCCUUUCUUAUCCAAACUGUGAGCAGUUUAUAGGUAAAACAUGCCUUUGUGGCACAUUUUUGAGUGGAAUUAAAUAAAUUCCUAGAAGUUUACAUGGGAUGAUACCUAAUAUUAACCCAACACUAAAAGCUGUUUAUUUAUUGGUAUUUUAUCAUUGUGACAGAAACAGUGUUAAAUUGUUUUCUAUGAUUCUUUGUUGAAAAGAA